AUGGCUACCAAUCCUUCCCCAGUAGAGGAUCAAUCCCUCUCGGAGACCGUCAUUGAGCAGUCCAUAUUUCAGCAAGCUCAGUCCGCCGCUGCUGCUCAGAGGCGUACAAGACAGGAGGCCCCCUUGGCAAAAAUUGACCUCGUCAAUCCCGCUCCGGCCGAGGACGAAAUUCCUCCUCCUGCUUACGGUGAUAUCUAUGGCGAAAUUGACAGCGAGGAGAACGGCCUGGGUACUAGUGCCCGUGUCACUGAUGAUGGCCGUGUCAACAUCCGCAUCAAUCAGGUCAACCGCCGUUUGUCCCAGAUAUUUACUCCUGCUUUACGUCAACAAGUUGAAAGCGUCCAAGAUAGUCGCCCGCCGCCUUCCCCUUAUAUACUCCCUGGUUUAGAAGGCAAAAAGGGAGUUCCUCCACCCCCGCCCUUGAACAUCGUCAUCCAGAUCGUAGGCUCACGUGGAGAUGUGCAGCCUUUCGUUGCCCUGGGGAAAGUCUUAAAAGAUACCUACGGCCAUCGAGUACGCCUGGCAACUCAUCCCAAUUUCAAGGAUUUCGUGCAGGAGAAUGGCCUGGAAUUCUUCAGUAUUGGCGGCGACCCGGUCCAGCUAAUGGCCUUCAUGGCCAAGAAUUCCAGUCUGAUGCCGGGAUUUCGCAGUCUGAUAAGUGGAGAUAUCAACCAGCGAAGGAAAGAUGUUGCCGAGUAUAUUCAGGGCUGCUGGAGAUCAUGUUACAAAGCAGGCGACGGAAUGACUUUUCGUGCUACUGACGAUGACCUCUCGGCAAGGCCUUUCGUCGCAGACUGCAUCAUUGCCAACCCUCCAAGCUUUGCCCACAUUCAUUGUGCAGAGAAGCUGGGAAUCCCUCUUCAUAUUAUGUUCACUAUGCCAUAUUCUCCCACCCAGGCCUUUCCCCAUCCGCUAGCCAAUAUCCAGUCCACCAAUGCCGACCCUCAACUCACUAAUUACAUAAGUUAUGUUAUGAUCGAAGUCCUUCAAUGGCAAGGUCUCGGUGAUAUCAUCAACCGAUUUCGCGCAAAAUGUCUCGGGUUGGAUCCCGUGAGUCUAAUAUGGGGCCCUGGGAUGCUCCAUCGUCUCAAAGUCCCUCACACUUACUGCUGGUCUCCAGCUCUGAUACCCAAACCAAAAGACUGGGGUCCUCAUGUAUCUAUCUCCGGGUACUACUCUCUUGAAUCGGCUUCUGACUACAGCCCACCGCCUGAUCUUCAGGCAUUUCUCGACGCUGGUCCGCUCCCGAUCUAUAUAGGAUUCGGUAGUAUCGUGCUGGAAGAUCCAAAUGCGAUGAUGGAGCUUAUCAUUGAGGCAGUGAGAAAGACUGGCCAGCGUGCGGUAUUUUCCAAAGGCUGGGGAGGCAUGGAUACGAAUAGUGAUAGUAUCCCGGACGGCAUCUUUGUGCUAGGUAACGUGCCGCAUGACUGGCUUUUCAAGCGGGUCUCGUGCGUCGUUCACCAUGGUGGCGCAGGAACCACAGCAGCAGGCAUUGCUGCAGGUCGGCCAACUGUUAUUGUUCCCUUUUUUGGAGACCAGCCAUUCUGGGGCGCCAUGGUCGCGCGAGCAGGCGCCGGUCCCAACCCUAUCCCUCGUAAACAACUCACAGCGGAUAAACUAGCCAAUGCAGUCAGCUUCUGUCUGAAGCCAGAAAGCCUGGAACGCGCUAAAGAGCUCGCAAGCGAGAUAGCGGCAGAGAAAGGCAGCGACAUGGGUGCUCAAUUGUUACAUCAAUAUCUCGAGGCUGACCGACUCCGUUGCAUGCUCGCACCAUCUCGGCCAGCUACGUGGCGCAUCAAGCGCACUCAGAUCAGGUUAAGCGCUUUUGCUGCCUGUACUUUAGCAAAUGCAAAACUUUUGAAUUUCCAUGACCUAAAGCUCUUCAGGCCACAGGAGUAUGAGACUGAUGAAGGUCCAUGGGAUCCUAUAUCUGGAGGUGCUGCGGCAUGUUUCAGGGCAUUCAGCGGCAUGGCGAUGGGGGUAGCCGAAAUUCCUACGGAGACGUUGAAACCUUUGCACAUUCCGGUUGGGUCUCGACGGCAGUCGCAAGAAUCAAUGUCGACAAUCGCAAGGAGAAGCAAGACCUUACUCGUGAAUGAAAGAUCGACCUUGGCAGGACCAAGUUCGAGCUUGAUCGUGCAAGAGUCUCCUUUUCGCGUUGGAAGCUUCCCAAGUCUCUCGUCUUCCACUUCGAACGUCGGAUCGAGCCAUUUCUCCGAUACACUGGAUGGCCAGUCGAAUCCCAAGCAAGACGAUGCUGGCCGAAGACGAGCCCGCAGCCGGAAUGAAUCCGACUUCGGCAAGGAUCGUGACAUGUUGCGCCAGACUGGCGUGCAUACGAGCAAAGGCCUCGGACGUAUCGUAAAGUCGGCUGCGAAGAUCCCUAUGGAAAUCUCCGUGGGCUUGACCAAAGGGUUUCACAAUUUCCCAAAGCUUUGGGGCGACAAUACAGUGCGCCCUCAGGAAAAAGUAAGCGAUUUCAAAUCAGGCGUCAUGGCAGUAGGAAAAGAGUUUGGGUACGGCUGGKACGAUGGCGUUACUGGCCUGGUCACUCAGCCCUGGAAAGGUGCGCAGAAAGAGGGCCCUGGCGGUUUCCUGAAAGGGAUUGGUAAAGGGCUCGGAGGAUUCGUUACCAAGCCAACUGCGGGAUUUGCUGGUGUCCUCGGUCAUACCAUGAAGGGUGUACACAAAGAAAUGCAGAAGUUGUUCGGCGGCAAUGUGCAAAGCUACAUUGUUGCAUCUAGGGUGGCCCAGGGAUACGAGGAGUGGCUGCAAAGCUCCGAUACAGAAAAGCAAGACGUCAUCGAUCGGUGGAAUAUAGUCCAGAAAUACCUAAAGGAACGCAACCCUGACGAGAGCAUGCUAGACGUUUUGAAAGCACAGCAAGAGGAGAACAUGGAGGAUGCAGAGGUGACUUCGGUCAGCACGACUGCUCCGAACUUAGAUCCUGAGAGUGUCCUACCACACCCUGAGGAAUUGUAUGAAUUGGCUGGAGACAACGAAAUCGUCCAACUGCCAGUCCAAGGGACUUCACGUAGGCAUGUAGGAGAAGGUGCCUGUACGGAAGGGGGGGACCAAGAAAAUGAGUCUCAGCGCCAACAAAACGAUGCUACAGACAACCAGGUAGAGCAGGAGAGUUUGCGCCAAGCGAUAGCGGCCAGCGAAACCGAAGCUCAACAACAAGCAAGCGAAGCAUUGGAGUUUGAGAGGCAGUUGGAGCGAGUCAUGGCGGAGAGUUUAAGAGAGCAGAGGCAGAGGCAGAGUAGCAGCAGCAGUAGUGUAUGGGAGUCGGAUACAAGUCUGGACGAGGGUGAUGAUGAGAUUGAGCGGGAAUCCGACGAGAUGGCAGGGAAGGCGGCCGGGUCAUCGAGCCAGCAACCUCCUUCCUAUGAUCCCGGGCAUUCACAAAGUAGGUUCGAGGGUCAACGCGGAGAGAAAACGGCACAAGAAAGGACAGAAGAAGAGAUCGUGCUGGAGUAUGUCAAGAAGCAGAGUCUCUUAGAAGCGCACCAUCAAAGCAAAGGCAAAGGCCAUGCUACAGCGGAAGAGGAUGGAGACGAUGAAGACUUGCAGAGGGCCCUGAAGCUGAGCAUGCAAGAUACAAAUUCUCGUAGAACAUGA